ACUGCGCCUGCGCGGUGGAGCUCGGCGCUCUCCUCCCGAGCGUGUGCGAGGGUCCCGGCGGCGCGCGGAGACCCCAUGGCGGAGUCGGAGCCCCUUCUGAGCCGGGCCCGCGGCGGCAAUGGGCGCGACUGCCCGGCGGGCUCGCACGCUUGCGUCCAAGUCGGCCCCGGUGCCGAGGCCAGGCGGGAUCUGUGCUUUGAACAGGCUGUGAUCUUUAUCGAAGACGCGAUCCAGUAUCGCUCCAUUAACCACCGCAUGGACACCAGGUCGAUGUGGCUCUACCGAUGGUAUUACUCGGACGCUUGCCAGUGGAUUUUGGGCUUCAUCAUUUUCUUGAUCCUGUUUCUGGCUUUUAUUGAGACCCCUUCCUCGUUCACCAGCACCUCGGACGUCCGCUACCGCUCCAAGCCCUGGAACCCGCCCUGCGGCCUGACGGAGAGCAUCGAGGUCCUCUGCCUGCUGGGCUUCGCGACCGACCUCUCGGUGAAGAGCUACCUGGUUGGGUGGCCCCAGUUCCGGAAGAGCCUGUGGCUGCUGGCCUACCUGGUGGUGCUGGUCUUGUCUUUCGUGGACUGGAUGGUGUCGCUGAGUCUCGUCUGCCAGGAGCCCCUGCGGCUGCGCCGGCUCCUGCGGCCCUUCUUCCUGCUGCAGAACUCCUCCAUGAUGAAGAAGAUGCUCAAGUGCAUCCGGUGGUCGCUGCCGGAAAUGGCCAGCGUGGUGCUGCUGCUGGCGCUGCACCUGUGUGUCUUCACCAUGCUCGGGAUGCUGCUCUUCACCGGCAACAAGCAGGACGAUGGGCAGGACAGGGAGAGGCUGAUCUACUUCCGCGACCUGGCGGAGUCCCUGACCUCGCUGCUGGUGCUGCUGACCACGGCCAACAACCCUGACGUCAUGGUUCCUGCGUAUUCCAAGAACCGGGCCUUUGCCAUCUUCUUCAUAGUUUUCACCCUGAUCGGAAGCUUGUUUUUGAUGAACCUGCUGACGGCCAUCAUCUACAAUCAGUUCCGGGGCUACCUGCUGAAAUCUGUCCAGGCCUCACUGUUCCGGAAGCGGCUGGGGACCCGGGCUGCCUACGAGGUCCUCUCCUGGAUGGCGGACAGAGAAGCCCGCCCUCAGGGAGUUGGGGUGAAGGCCCAGGACCUCCUGCAGGUGCUUCAGAAAGUCCAGGUGGAUAGCACCCACAAGCAGGCCAUCAUGGAGAAGGUGCGCUCCCAUGGUGAUGGCCUGCUGUCAGCUGACGAGUUUCAGAAGCUGUUCAACGAGCUUGACAAAAGUCUGAUGAAGGAGCACCCGCCACGGCCCGAGUACCAGUCCCCGUUCCUGCGGGUCGCGCAGUUCCUGUUCGGCCACCGCUACUUUGACUACCUGGGGAACGUCAUCGUCCUUGCGAACCUCGUGUCCAUUUGUGUGUUCCUGGUGCACGACGCAGGUGUCCAGCCCCAAGACCGUGACGACUUCAUGCUGGGGAUUCUCAACUGCGUCUUCAUCCUGUACUACCUGGCGGAGAUGCUGCUCAAGGUGUUCGCGCUGGGGCUGUCGGGGUAUCUGUCCUACCCCAGCAAUGUGUUCGACGGCCUCCUCACCGCCAUCCUGCUGGUUUUGGAGAUCUCAACUCUGGCUGUGUACCGAUUCCCACACCCAGGCUGGAAGCCGGAGCUGCGGGGCCUGCUGUCGCUGUGGGACAUGGUUCGCCUGGUGAACAUGCUCAUUGUGUUCCGGUUCCUGCGCAUCAUCCCCAGCAUGAAGCUGAUGGCUGUGGUGGCCAGCACCAUCCUGGGCCUGAUCAGAAACAUGCGGGCGUUCGGCGGGAUCCUGGUGGUGGUGUACUACGUCUUUGCCAUCGUUGGCAUCAACCUGUUCCGGGGUGCCAUUGUGCCUCCUCCUGGAAACAUCAGCCUGGCCCCUAACGGCUCGGCGCCCUGCGGCAGCUACGAGCAGCUGGAGUACUGGGCCAACAACUUCGACGACUUUGCGGCUGCCCUGGUCACGCUGUGGAACGUGAUGGUCGUGAACAACUGGCAGGUGUUCCUGGACGCCUAUCAGCGCUACUCGGGCCCGUGGUCCAAGAUCUACUUUGUGCUGUGGUGGCUGGUGUCGUCUGUCAUCUGGAUCAACCUGUUUCUGGCUCUCAUUCUGGAGAACUUCCUCCACAAGUGGGACCGCCGAGGCGAGCUGCAGUCCCGCUCUGGGGACCAGAUCACCGCGGUGGACCUCUUGUUCAGGGAGGUCCUGGAGGAGCCGACGGAGGAGGAGCUGAUGGCCAAGCUGCGGCAUCACCCCCACCUGCAGCUGUGCAGGUGACGUCCGUGUGCCUCCCUGGCUGGCGGAUGGCGACGUGGCCUGGGGACCAACGUGGGUCCUGGGAGAGGCAGCUGCGGCCCGAAGGAGAGACAGAGCCACUCCGCCCCCGAGGCCGUGACAGAAGCGACAGAGCCGAGGCCUGCGCGCUGCCGAGCGGAGCAGGCAGCUUCUGUCGGCAGCAUCGCGGCACGGUGGGCGCUUCGGCCGCGUCCACGCUGCGCCCUUACGUGAGCUGCUUUUACUUGUCUGAGUGCGGGAAGAGGGUGACUCCACAGGGACCUUUGAGACGGUCUGACAGCAAGAAGCAGGCCUCCUCGUGGCCCUGCAGUUUCCGUGGUGCCUUUGCUGCCGGCGGCCUUCAGGGACCAGAGGCCCCGUGGGGCCCGCACAGGCCGCCGGCAGCUUCUCAGGCCAGUAAGUGUGGAUCCUGGUGGCUUCGCACGAAGUGGGCCUUGGCUGUUUUAUCACUGUACGAAUUGUGUGAAUGUGAUUGGGUGUUUCCUUAUGGGUCAGAAUGCCAAUAUCAAUGAGUUUUGCAAAGAAUGAGGUUGUCUUUCCUGCGACACAGUUGUCCUGCUCCUCCGGUCCUUUCAGCUGUGCACGGCACAGGGGUGCAUUGUGGCGGGGGGCUGUCUACCUGAGGCAGGGGCCACCUUUUUCUAAUUUGCAUAAAGGCGUGUAUAAGCCAGGAGUGGUCCUACUGUGUGUCCUCAGGGUGUGGGGGGAGGAGUGAGCAGUGUGUGGAGGCCACGUUGCCAUGUGAUCCACCACCGGUCCAGAUGGCAGGUGGUUCCCUUGUGGACUGCCGGCUCAGUGAUUGGCGAUCGCUCCUGGAGGCCUCUGUUGAGGACCGGGAUCUCCGUGGAAAGCAUUGCUGAGAUGGAUUAGUGAUGUCUGCCGAGGGCACUGCACAGCCACGAGGGCACAGGUGCUGGCCACCUGGGAAGGGAUGUGUGGUCUCCUGUCUGGACAAUGGGAUGAGAGGAAAGUUUAACUGAAAAAGUAGCUUCUGAAACGUCACGAGCCCCAGUGCUCGGGGUUUGUAAACCCUGGGGGUGGUUUUGUACCCACACACGCUGCACUUUCUGGUCCUGGAGUGGAUCUGAAAUCCCUCAGGUGUGGGGGACCUGUGGGGGCUGUGAGGACACUCCCAGCCUGGGCCCCUCUGCAGCUGCCUUUCCAGAAGGCAGGUUUGGGGCAGGAGGACAUCCUGGAGCAGCGGCUAGAAGGCCACAGCCACCUGGCCUCACAGGGCCCUGCUGUCUGGGUCAGGGGUGAGGCCCCCUGCAUUGCUGCCCUGCUCACUCCUCCCCCUCCCUGGCCCCCUCCACUGCUGCCAGCCUCCCACAGGGUUCCACCCCAGGUCUCAGCGCCAUCUAAUGGUGGGAUCGGGUUCUGUUGGCCUCAUUUUUAAUGCAAGCUGGACUCUGUGACCCCAGGAGGCUCAUUGCUUUCCCCUGGCCGGCCGCAGGCUGCCUGUCUCGGGCUGUGGCCCUGCCUCAGCGUCUGGGCUGCAGGCUGAGCAGGCACCGCGGGGUGGGGUGUCCUGUGCAGGUCCCAGAGCCGCACAGUGCGUCCACCCCGCCUGCUUCACAUCUUGUCACAGAGAAGUCUCCCUGACGUUUACCGUCCGAGCAGAUGACUGGACCAGUGGUUCUCAACCUUCCUGAUGACGCGACCCGUUAAUACAGUUCCUCAUGUUGUGGUGACCCCCAAUUUCAUUGUUACAAA